AUGAUCGCAUCCUUGUCGAAAGGAAAUCUACUUGACGUGCUACAAGAGAGCUUCAAUGAGCAACAGCUGGCGGCAUACGUGUCCUGGGUAAACACUCAGCUAAAGAAGAAGCCCAACAUAAAACCUGUUAGUGACUUGCGGCAGGACCUGAGAGAUGGCGUGGUCUUAGCACACCUUGUCGAAAUCGUAGCUGGUGAGCUGCUAGAAGGUAUUCAUUAUGCUCCACGGGACAGUCAGGAGAGGAGGGCGAACGUGGAGAAAGUUCUGCAGUUUGUCAUGUCCAAACGCAUACGUAUGCCUCAAACAUCUGCCAGGGAUAUUGUGGAUGGUAAUCUCAAAUCUGCUAUGAGGCUCAUUCUAGCUCUGGCAGCGCAUUUUAAGCCAUCUACCUCAGGUAAUCACAGAGCAGUGGAUGGUGUAGGGAGGAGCUGUGCAGGAGCAACAGCCAGUCACAGGCCUAACUCCACCAUGGCCAUGGCCCAGAAUGCAGCAGCCGCACUGGCAGCUGCCCGACAAGACGCCUUUCACUCAGGCCGCACUGUUCACCAGCUCAGACAGGAGUGGAACAGCCUGGGCCCGGGCACAGACGUGGAUGCUGGGAACCAGGGCUGGAGCGUGCGAGCGCUGGUCCAGCAGUAUGAGGGGCAGCGGGUGACUGAGGAGGACUCUGAGACCAGGACCUCCAGUCUGAGCUCAUCAAGCCACACCCACUCUCCAAAAGACUCCAUCAGUCUCAACGAUGACAAGGACGGGCUCGUCGACGGCCAAGUAGCGGAGACCUCGAUAAAAUCAGCCUCCCUGGGUCACGAUGAGCCGUCGAGUUGUUACUCCUGGGAAGACCAGCUGUGCGAGCAGCAGGAGCAGCUGGAAAGAGAGAUGCAAGAGGCCAAGAGGAUGGUGUCCAGUCUGCAGGCCCUGCUCCUUCACGGCUCACUACCAGAAGACGAGCAAGAAGCCUCCCUGAGUCUGGGAGAAGACAUGGAGAAUGCAGAACAACAGCUGAUCGUAAUUCGCAGUCGCCUAGACCAGAGCAUGGAGGAGAGCCAGGAUCUGAAGAAGGAACUGUUAAAGUUUAAGCAGGACGCAAGGAACUUGCAGGCAGUCAAAGACGCUCUACAGCAGCGCAUGGCUGUACAGGAGGCGUCAGUCCUGCAGCUAAAACAGGAGCUACUACGGGAUAGUAUGGCCAGAGAUGAACUAGCUGGACAAAAUGCGGAGCUACAGAGGAAGUUGGAGGAUCGAAACAGACUUCUCAGUGAAUAUAAGAAAGAGUUGGGCCAGAAGGAUCGGCUACUCCAGCAACAGCAGCUUAAAUUGGACGAAGCCUUACGCAAGCUAGCGGAGUCCAACAACCAACUGGCUGGUCUGAAGAGGGAGCUGGAGCACAAAGAGAGCCUUGUUCAAGACCUAAUGCACCCUGAACUAGAAGAGUUCCAUGGCUCUCAAAACAAUGGCUACGCCCACCCUGGCCGUAAUUCUCACACACGUAAAGGGGGGGAGGAGCUGCAGAUUGUGAGGGACGCCCUGCGUAGUUUGAGAAAUAGUUUUGGGGGACAUGAUCCUCAGCACCACACACUGGACACACUGGAGCAGGGCGUGGCAAGCCUCGUGGACCACCUCCAUGCCUUGGAGAGGAGCCACCGACAUGAGAGGAAGGUGAGGGCGAAACCUCCGGGACAUAAAGGCACACAUCCAGACUGGGAUUCCUGGCCUCCCAGCACCAAAAUGGUUCACUCUCACAGCAGUCCUGCGCUCAACUCCUCUGCAUCCACUAAGGUUCUUUACUUCACCGAUCGCUCGCUAACUCCCUUCAUGAUCAACAUCCCCAAGAGGUUAGGGGAGGUCACACUCAGAGACUUCAAGGCGGCCAUGGACCGAGAGGGAAACUUCAGGUACCAUUUUAAAGCCCUGGACCCAGAGUUUGGCACUGUGAAGGAGGAGGUGCUCCAGGACGAUGCAGUGGUACCUGGCUGGGAGGGGAAGAUAGUGGCCUGGGUUGAAGAGGAUCAUGGGGAGGGAAGGUAG